AUGAAACUAUUAUUUCUCUGUUUAUUUGCAGUAAUAUUCAGCAGCUUUGCGGAAUUUCCUUCCUCCGUUAAAAGAUGUCACAAGGAGGACAGUGAAUGUCUAAGGAGUACUGCCCAGGCAUUUGUUGAGCAACAUUAUUCGGGAUUGCCCGAACUUGGUUUACAAGAGUUCGAUCCGCUGAAGGCUAAUGACUUUUCGCUGAAGACAAAUCCCGACAGCCCAAUAAAAAUUGAAACUUCCUAUAAAAAUGUAACAUUUUAUGGCAUGAAGGCAAUGCAAAUAUUAUCAAUCAAUAAAACGGGUGAUCAUAUCGAAUUUGAUGCAAAUAUACCCGAGCUAAUACAAGUGGGCAAUUACAAGGUUAGUGGUAAUGUACUGAUAUUACCCAUUGUUGGGGAAGGUCCAUCCAAAGUAGUUUCAAGGAAUGUCUACAUCAAGUAUUCCUUCGAUUUGAAGCCAGUGGAAAAGAAUGGCAAGAUCUAUGCCAAAUUGCAUCACACCAAAUUGAUUUUUGAAGCCGAAAAUGUAAAAUACCAUUUAGAAAAUCUAUUUAACGGUGAUAAAGUUCUGGGCGAAACAAUGAAUCGUUUUUUAAAUGAAAAUUGGAAAGAUAUCUACGAAGAACUGAAGCCGGCAUUUUCGAAAAUGUUCAAUGCAUUGGUUAAAUCCCGAUUGGAAACUGUCUUUGGUAAAUAUCCAAGCGAGGAAUAUUUUCUGCAAUGA